UGCUUUAGCUGAUGAUCUGAUUGCUUGUAGUAUAAUGAAAAACUAUAAAAAACAAAAAAUGGUGUAUUGGUUGGUGAUAUUGUAACAGAAAGAAAUUUCAACCAUGAUGAAACAUCACAGUUUGUCAACUACGGUCUAGAUAGUACUGCCAAUGGAUUAGUUUAUGCUGGCAAAGGAGAGACAUGUAAAAAAAAAAAUGAUUCGCGAAAACAGAGAGUGCAAAACUAUAAACCUAUUUUUUCAAUUAUCAGGAGAGGUUUCAUUGUGUCAAGUAAUAUUUGCUGGCAAAGGUAUAACGAGCCAGAUGGCACAACAAAAAAGCUGUCAUUAAUAUUAAAAAUUUGAUCAUCUCUAGGACAGAGAGUGGUUCGCAAGAUAACUGUUCACUAUUGGCUGCGUAUAAGAAACUUGAUAAACAUCUCACCGAACAAGGAGCGAUCAGUUGUGCUUCUAUCAGAUAGUCAUUUGUCGCGAUUUGACUUUAAAGUUCUUAAUUUUUUGCGUGAAAAGCAAAUCAAUUUAUUUGUGUCUCGACCUGAUACUACUGGAGUCGCAUAGCUAGUAGACCAAGCACCAAAUCAACAGCUCCAUCAAUAUUAUAAUAACACCCGAGAUGUACUCUUUUCUUCUUUCGAGAAAGAAUCAUGAAUAUCCUUGGAACAAUGUGGAACAAUUGUGCAUCCGCUGCCAAUAUCGUAGCAGCUGCUAAGAGAGUUGAUAUAAGUAAGAAUGGUCUUAAUGUUGAUGAUAUAGAUAAAUUUGAACAAGCAGCUCUUCUUAUUGAUAAAACUGAUGAUGUUUCUCUACAAUCUUUUACUGCUAAGAAAACAAGAAGUGUGACCUCAAAAGACGGACCCUUGGCAAUAACUCCAAGAUCACAAUUCAAAGUUGCCCAAACAAAAGGAAGGUAUGGUUCAGUCGAAUACUGGAAAUCAAUGUAUGAAAUGUCACAAUCAUUCAUUGAGCAACUAUAUGAAAAAAGCCUCAAUUCAGCAGAAGUGCCUGGUUUACUUUCAAUAAAACCGGGUGAAAUCCAAGUAGGUUAAUCAAACAAAAACAAAAAGGUUCACUAAUGUGCAUGGAUCUAUGGAGGCUCAAGAUGUGCUUUUAAAAGUGGCUUUUCUCGAAGGAAAAAAACAGAAAAAAAAAUUGUGAUUAAGAGUAGAAAAUAAAUAUAAACUUAAAAAAAAUGAACUGUUUUAUCGUUGCAAACUGCAAUACUCUUGUGUAAAAUAAUGUCUUGCAAAAUCUUUAAAAGAGUGUUUAAUGUCAUUCCAUUCUUAAAUCAGUAUGCAGUAAAAUAGCUUGUCGCAUUGGUAACAAAAAGCCGACAAUGAUUAUCCCUGCAUCUGCAGCAUCAUCCUCUGAUUCUUAAAAAAAAAAACACUCUAUUUUGGU